AUGACCAAAACUCGAGCCCAGCGAGCCGCGCGAGCCGCAAAACAGACCUACGUUCUGCAGGAAGAGGGUCAAAACUUUCCGAGGCGCAAACGUCAACGACACACAUCUCCCAAGUCGUCCCAGGGACCCGCGAUCCAAGGCAAAGAUCGAAAACGAACCAUUGAUACUACACAGGGUCCGGCAGUUCAACCUACCACAAAGCGACCACGAGGACCGACACCAUCCAUUGACGACAGACCCGACCAAGCGGCGGAUAGCCCAAUCGGUUUCUGGGUUCGACAAGGUCACUGGCCGCCCGACCCUAUGGCCGGUAUGGAGCACGCGUUGGCGCGGAAACGCUGCAAGCGAUCAUAUUCUGCCUCAUCUACGACCCCAAGCGAUCAAAGGCCGCGAGAGGAAAAGAGUGUACCAUACCAAGAUUCGCGCUAUGAGACCUUACUUGUGACAAAGGGAGUCUUUAUGCACAAAUCAAAACUAGACGUUACUGGCGGAAGUAAAACACUCUGCGAGAACCUCCUUGAAAACAACCAGCCGGUCCCCGAAAACUCACUCUUCGACAACGACAGAUUCGAAUCGACAUGUCAAAAGAUUCAUAGUAGGAACAAGGCUCGGAUCAUCCAAGAUAUUUCCCGAUUAAUUGUCCCUUCAGCCGAAAGACUGGCUACGAUGGGCGCUAUACACCUUAAGAACCUCGUGGAAACUGUUAAUGAGGGAUGGGAUAACUCAAUCCCCCUAACAGGGACGCGCCCACAGCCAGAUUAUGCUGUUGGAUUCAGGCGAGACGCCUUCACUAAGGACCAGCUUAAUAAGUUAUCGCCGUUUGUUGGUGAUUUUAUCGCUGGCGAUUUAUCCUUCUUUAUGGCUACUUAUUACAUGUACUUCCCAUUCCUUGCUUGCGAAGUAAACUGCGGGACCGCUGCACUGGAUGACGGGGACCUCCAGAACGCUCAUACCAUGACGCUUGCGGCACGGGGUAUUGUCGAGCUCUUCCGUCUUGUGAACCGCGAAGAGGAGCUUCACCGGCAGAUACUGUCCUUCUCCAUCUCACACGAUUAUUGCUCAGUUAGAUUAUAUGGUUAUUAUCCAGUCAUUGACGGAAAGGACACCAAAUACUUUCGCCACCUAAUUCAUAGAUUUGACUUUACGGCGCUGGAUGGCAAGGAGAAAUGGACAGCGUAUCGGUUCACGAAAAAUAUCUAUGACCUCUGGAUGCCUGAACAUUUCAAGAAAAUCUGCUCAGCCAUCGAUCAGUUGCCGGCGGAGAUAGACUUUAGUGUCUCGGCACGCUCUGAUACGACUAUAAAUAGACCUUUUUAG